GCUGCAAGGCGCAUGCGCCGAGGGGUAUUUGUUUUGAUGGGUGGGGAAAGCCGUGAGUUUGUUCGGCGGAAAUGGCGGGAAAGCUGCCGCUCGGCAGGGAGCCUGGAACGACUGAGAUGGAGACGGGUGCCCGACCGAAACAGAGAGGGGGAAGAAUUGUGCCAUCUCGUUACCUGCAGUAUGAUAAAAAAGCAAGUGGAAAGCAGGGUACUUCAACCACCAAUUUGUCCUUUGCAAAAGGUCUAGAAAAUUUUGGAUCUCCAAAGAGGCUAUCUGUUCAGAAAUUCAAGGCCUCAGUAGAAACUACACCUAGUAUAUUACAAUCAACCUUUCUGGAUAGCCAUAGGAGUAUUCGACCUGAACUGGAGGUUUCAUCUAUUAAUGAAAAAAGCUACUAUAAGACACCAGUUUCAAAGCUCAGUAUAAAAGGCUUUUCCAAAAGAAAUAAGGUCACGACGCCUUCUGAUUCAAAUGAUCUGAUUGGGAUGCUGGACUCUCAGAUGCUGCUGUUAACCUAUGCCUCCACAAAGAUGGAGAAAAACCUUGUCCUUCUGGAGGGGAAAGCUGAAAGAAACUUGUUAGUGCUCUGUGAGGAAGUGAAGAAACUACAGGCGAAUGCACGUGAAAAGAAGCAUAAACUUCAGCAUCUGAAGAAAGAAAUUGAGCUCUCUGAAGCUCUUGAGAGACAGCUUGAAAUACUUGGACCUGUUUCUGAACAAUGUGCCCCGUUUAAGAGGCACUAUAAGCACUUUGCCACAGCCCUGGACACAACUAGGCAUGAAUUGCCCAUGAAGGACAUCUAUGUAGAAGACAUGGGCCAAUAUCUAGCUGAUAUGCAGAAAAGCUUGGCUAUGAUUCAGAGUGUUUUGAAUGAAGCCCUGGUACAAAACUUUGAAGAAAAUGCCAAAGCCCUGAAUGUCAUGAAGGAACUAGAGGAAGUAUCUUUGAAGCUGGAUGCAGAACUGCCGAGGACCUUUGCUCGUGUUGUGGAUUUAUCUGCUGAUAUAAGCAAGGAGGCCUCACUCCAUUAUCAGAAAGUGUGCGAAGACACCUUGGGUCUGGAGACCAUGAAGCAAUUGUAUUUUAGUUAGAUCCAAUCUUUAGCUCUUGGUGUCACUGAAACAGGAAGCUGGUCCUUCUGUUCUUUCUGUCGCUGAAAGACUGAAAUAGGUUACACUACUUGGAGUAAUAUUUUCUACUCGUUUGUUACAAUUGCUUGAGAGGGCAGGAUAUUUUAAGGGGAAGCCUAAUUGUUUGACAUGAACAGUUGGAAAGCUGCACAGAAAAAUAAGGCACAAAAUGUGCUUUCUUCCCUCCAUCCCUCCAGGGUGCCAUUUCAGCUAAUGGAAGCGCAGAUAUAUUUGCACUUUGAGAUUCUUUCACUUUUGUAUUAAAACAAUUUUCUCAUUGCAAAUCUUGUUGCAGUAGUCUUAAAAGAAUAUGUUAUUUCGUGCCCUGACUUCAGGGAUAUUUUACAAACGUUAGCUUUUGAAGGAAUGUUUUUGAAAUAAUUGGAAAAAUAAACAUACACCUUGCCUGUAGUAGAGUUUGCCACAGUCUUCAACACAAAUAAUCAAAACAAACCCAAAAGAAGAUGCUCAUAGGCCAAGCAUGAGUAAUAGUCUGGUUUCUGGGGGUUGUGGAACUGAUGAUAGUUGUCCCUAAAAGGCAAUUGUUCCUAAAAGGCAGAAAUUAUCCCCCACUUGAAUAUCUUCCUUGUCAAUUCUGAGUGUGGUAUAUGUUGUCAUUUGUUUGGUCUUCUUUUUGUUUAUUCUUAGUUUUAUUACUGUGUUUCUUGAAUUUCACUGCUGGAACUUGCAGAACAUUUGCAUUUUUACUUACCAUAGUUGCGUCAUCGUAAUAGCAGUUAUUUGUGUUCAAUUUUAAAAAUAACCUACUUUUCUAAUCCAGCUCCUUCAAUAUAUUUUCAGCAUGUAGGUUGAAUAAAUGAGAGACUAUA